UAAGUAAAGUCGGCAAAAACCGUUGGGCCGACGUUGGCUUAUUGUCACGGCAAUCGGUCGGCUGAAGGGUGGCACUUGCAACAGUGGCUCGACGUUGGCACGCCACCGUAUUCAGGGUUUGUCAUGCACACGUACGCAAACUGUACACAUAUAUGUGAUAGAUUCUACAUCCCUUUUCAGGAAAUGUGCCAGACCAUACUACCAAGCUCGGUACUUUCCUUUGCCAUAUUUUGUUGAUCGUAAUUAAUUAUGUGCAUGCUUUCAUGCGCCUUACGUACUUACUAUAGUUGAUAUAUAUCUAAAAAAUGAAAAUACAUUUAAUUUGAUAUGUAUACAGGGUUACAUACGAUGAAUAUUUAAAGUUAAAAAGUACUAUGAUUUAAUUUAUUUAUACCGCCUAGCCUCAAACUUUAAUUUUCAACCGGAGCGUUUGCCACUAGCGGUCCGCGGUCAGCAUGAUAGUGGUUUAUCUUCCCUAACCAGAGGGCGCUGUAAAAAGGAACUGGCUUUAGGCGCGAAAUUGGACGCGCGAAAUUGUUAGCAGACGACGUAGCAGACGACGUGGCGGGCAAUUUAUAGGAAAUGUAUGCAGUGGUACUAUUCACCGAGAAAAAUGAAGUUGAAGCAGUGCCAAAAUGUUGGCUGUAUGGUAAAGACAAGAGCAAAUGUUACUGGCCUCCAUACAAAGGAAAGCAAAUGAUGAGAGCCAUAGAACAACAAGAAGUGCCCGACCCUGAAUGGGACAGCUAUGAUGUGAUACUGCUGAAGGAAAAGGAUGACUUUUCUCAAGCAAGGAAGACAUUAAAAAAAGCAGCUGAUGGUGUCAGUGAUCUUGCCACUACAGAUGAGGAUAAAAAACGGCGGCGGAAACCUGUUACCAUCGAUAGUGACUUUGAGGUAGAAGCUGAAGUUGAUGAGCCUAGACAUGAACGUGGCAAGAAAAGAUCACAAACUGAGCAAAUCACAUCAUCUGAUUCUGAGGGGCCUGCCUCAAGUGAGACUUUUCAGAAGUCAAAGAAAGGUUCAAGUAGAACUAUUGAGAUCUCGCCACCCUCUGUUCCGGCCUUUCCAGUAAUCCAUCCAAGGCAGCAACUCAGUUACACUGAGCCACCUGCAUAUAACACAAACAGCCUACCGGUAUCACCAAAGCCAUCAACCAGUUCUGCAACCAUGGCCAAUGAAAACAUACUGAAAAAAUUACUUGAAAAAGUGAGUGAGGUGCAGGAGCAAGUCAGGCAAAAUACGCUGAUCCUAAAGAGCCUUCAUGCCAAGCAAAGUGCGGUCUUGUCUCCAGAUCUUGUACGGGAGAACUUUCAUCUCCCAAUGAGAACUGGGGAUGAUUUCGCACAGGUUGAAGAAAAGCUAUCUGAAAGGGAGAGUGAAGCAAUACUGGUCCGUCAUAUUGGUAGUUUGGGUGGAAUCACGGCAAGAGAGGUUGUAGACAGAAUAAUGUCUACCCUCUUUACUCCAAGCCUGGCAGCUUCCUUUAAUUGGAAAGGGAGGGGCCACAAGAUGGGACCUGCCAGCACUUCGCUGGCAAGAAUAAUCAAAGAUGCAUCAAAGAUUUCCGGCUGCACGGAAUCAGCUACUGAAAUCCAUAUUAAGAACUGGCUGAAGUAUGCAGCAGACAAGGCUGGAGGGCGCAAGAAGCGUGCAGACAAGCAAAAAGAGAAAGAGAGGGAACUCGCGGCAAAAAAACAGGCACUGUCUCAGCUGAUGGACACUUCUGAUGAUGAUGAUGAUGAUGAUGAUGAUAAUAAUGCUGUGAUUUAAAUAAAUUUGUGUAAACAU